CAAACCCGCUCGAAAUGCCGGGUCAAAGCGGUGCCUCCUACUCGUCGUGGCUAAUUCUCGCACGUUUUCCAAUGCCCCGAGCGGCCCUGGCCGAGAUAUUAGCAGCAGCACCCCCUAUGGUGAAGACACGACGACCGCUAACUCCGUGUGUAUACAACUGUUUCACAGUGACGGAGAAUUGCUACUUUGUGCCUGGCACAUUGUUGCAUUAGCGUGCCAAUUGGCUUCCUUGCCGUGUCGAUCUUCGAGCCAAAAUCUGGCGAAGCAUCUUUCUCCAAAGCUCACCUCACGACACCAUCGAGUCCGGGGAUUGGCGUCCGAGCAAGGCGUACGGACGGCCGAGAACUUGAUUCAUCCUCAACUGCGAGUUUCUCGACUACUCCGUCUGCUGCGCUCCCGAAACGCACCAUGGCCGGCAGACUCUCCCUUCCCCUCGUCCGGAGCCUCGCCCGGCCGAGCCUGCGGCCGACGGCGUCGCUGCGCAUCUCCCGUGCGGCAUACUCGACCGAGGCCCCCCCGCCGCCUCUCCUCACCAAACUCAAGGAGGACCUCAAAACGGCCAUGCGGGCCAAGGACGCGAACCGCCUCGCCGUCCUUCGCUCCGUGCUCGCGGCGACGCUCAACGCCAGCAAGACGGACAAGCCCAUCCGGACGGACGUGCAGCUCGUCAGCCUGCUCCAGAAGAUGGCGCGCAAGUCGCAAGAAGCGGCCGAGGAGGCCCGGGCAGCCGGCCGGGAGGAUCUCGUCGAGAAGGAGGAGGCACAACAGCGGAUUUUCGAGGAGUAUGCGGCUGGCAGUGGCGUCAGGGAGCUGGGCGAGGCUGAACUGAGGCAGAUCGUCGAAUCGACCAAGGCGAACCUCGUUGCCCAGGGGAUCGAGGAGAAGGCGCUUCAGGCCCAGAUGAUCAAGUCCCUUUUGACGCCUGGCGGGCCGUUGGAAGGGGCCGUCGUUGAGAAGAAGGAGGUGGUGAGGAUCAUUGCCGAGGUUGCCAAGGCGAAAUGAGCGCUGGCAAAGGCUCGCAACAUCUGUAUCAACAC